CUCAAGAUGGCGAAAGACCUGGAUGCGCUCCUGGAUGAAGUCGAGAGCAAAUUCUGCAGCCCCGACCCCCUGAGGCUGGGCCUGGGCGAGCGGCCCCCCAGCGGCGACCGGAACGGAGCCGAGGAGGAGGAGGAGGAUCCCAGGUGAACGCGGGCGGGCGGACGGACGUGCUGGGCCCAAAGCCGCCCGCCGCCGCGGAGCGGCCUGGCCGCAGGCUACCUCCCCUCCCCGCUCGGACCCCGCGCCUGAGCGAGCCCGAGGGAGCCCAGACCCUACCAGACGGCCCUCACCCAACGGGGAAUCCGGCAGCGUCCCUCCCCUAAACCCCUCCGAGGGCCAUGCUGCCCUGGCCACGCAGCCUUCCCUUCCAGGCUGCGGUGCGGGGACUGAAACGUCCUGCCUCACCCCGUUACCAGGCAACCCUAGGCCAGUUGUUAGGACACCAUUCCAUCCUACUGUUGUCUGAUGUAAGCGCAAGGAGGAGUUAGAGAAGACUAGACUUGAUUAUUAAAGAAGUAUCCAUUGUAAACAUCGGAAUUAAUAGCCCAGUUGUUUGCCCAUUGCCCAUGGCACCAAGUUAUGGAGCCCAGCAAAUGUCUGAUAUCCAGGUCCAAGUUUGAGGACACUUAAGUAUUUGGUGUCUCAACAAAAAUAGAAAAUAUUCACCUUUCAAGUGAAGGCUUAGGAUCUGCACGAACCCUUGCUAGAGUCUUUUGGAAACUUGUCGCUUGCCUAGAACAUUUGGGAAAGGCAAAUGCUCCAAUGAAGGAGCCACUUCUGGGAGCUCACUGAGGAGACAGAGAAUAACCCCUUUGACAACGACCAAGAGGACGUUGUCACCUUUGAGCUGGGCGAGAUGUUACAAAAAUAAAUCUUCAAGUUAGUUUUUUUGUAACAUGAAUUUAACUGUCAGACAGUUAGUGUACGUUUGUUGGGCCAUCUGUUUUCAGCCAGGUUGUGUUCAUGGACUUUGCACACCCAUUUGGAGACCCCAAGUUCAAAGGAAAAAGCACCCAGUGUGCUUUGAGGUCCAAGGAUAGGGGCAAUUGGGAAAAACGGACCUAAGUUAGUGAGUUGCUUUCUGCACUAGAUAAGAAGGUCUCCUUGAGGUUUCUGUGAGAUCUGCCCCUUGGUGGUUCUCUGUUCUCUACACUUUAAUCCCCAUCAUAUGUGCUGUCCUGUGGUUUGGGGCUCUUGUUUAAUCUCACGCGUGGAAUACUAUUACUGAGUAACCAGAACCAGCUGCGAAUUGUUGAGGUUAACGUGAAAAGACCUAAAGACACACGAAGCAUGCAGUGGCGGCCCAUCAGUGCAAAGCUGGCUGGUAACUCCUGAGGAUCAUUGGACUUGGUAUUGAGCGUGAUGGAGCAUGUGAGCAGCUUCCCAUCUGUGCACAGGUCAGCAGAAACAUGUCAAAAAGAAGAUGACCUUGACAGUCUUAUUAAUGAGAUAUUUGAGGAGCCAAACUUUGAGAAAAAACCUUUUCAAAAAUUUAAAUCUAAAUCUUCAAGUAACACAUCUGUCAGAGCUUCCGUUCAAGGCCUCAGUAAGAGUUGCAGUCCGGUGUAUCUCAGUGGAAGCUCCGUUCCAUGUGGGAUUGGAACAAACACCUCGCCGAGAGCAUGUGACCAGCUGCGUUGUAUAGCCUGUGAUUUCCGGAUAGUGAGCUACAAUGACUAUAUGUGGGACAAAUCAUGUGAUUACCUGUUCUUCAGGAACAACAUGCCGGAAUUCCACAAACUGAAAGCAAAGUUGGUCCAGAAGAAAGGAGCCCGGGCGUAUGCUUGCCAGUGUAGCUGGAGGACUAUUGAGGAACUGACGGACCUGCAGACAGAGCAUCAGCUCCGCUGGGUGUGUGGUAAACACUGAGGGUGCAGGCCGUCCACCUUCCGACAGCGGCAUUUCUGAGAGCACGCUCUGCUCACCGGAAAAUAAUGUCCCGGACAGCAGGACACCGGGACACCGGGACAGUACUCCUUUUGGCACAGGCGUCUUACUUAGUAGGUUAAAAUAUCUGAAUUUACUAGCCUGUCUCCUGCUAGAGAUUUAAAUUGUGGCAGUUUGUUCAAAUUUAGAGCCUUUCCGUCGCAGCUGCAGCAGUGGCUGCUCAUGCUCUCUAGUGCAUUCUCGUGUGUCAUGGCUGACAAGACACCCGCUGGCCAGGGCAGAGAGUUCACUGUCACACAUGCCCAUGGUUUCUGCUCUUACCAUGAGUUCAACCUGAGAGAGAAGAGAUGGCCACUGGUGCGCUGAGGGUUGUCGAGGGUGCGGUGCGUUGUGAACCCCCCACUGUAUAUGUGCCUCAUGGUGUCUCUCACUCAGCUCAGUAUUAUGCACAAUAGUGACAAUAAUAGUAACGUCUCCAUUGUAGUGUAGUCCCCUCCUGUGCUCAUUGAAAUAUCUAGUUUUAUAUUAGUAAAUAUCUAUAUAUAAAAGAUUUUCGGUGUAUCUAAAAUGGCUAACGUCCUUCAAAUAAGUAGGACUGUUGUUGGGUUUUUCAUUAAACUCCAUAAUUCCGUCACAUAAACAGCAACCUGUGACUUUUCUAGUACGAUCCGGUUGAUACAUCAUUAUUGAAGCAUAGCUAACCAGUGGUGGCCUGGGGAGAAACUGUAUCACCGCAACAUGUUCAAGAAAUGCAGUAUCUCUGUUUUGUUUCCCAGCCCCAAAGACAUUUCAGGGCCUUUCCAGUCUGCCAAAAUUCAACUGUGUGCCUACUCCCCUGUGUCUGUUAUCUGGUGUAGGUGUGUGACACUGGGCGCUCUGAAGGAUGUAAACUGUAGCACAGCUCUGAGCUGCUUGGUUUUACAUUAGCUCUGUUCCAACCACCUAGGACCCUCUACACUAAAAGCCUGUGCCCAGGUAGAGCACUGGCAAAGCGUGGGCAAGGUCCUAAGUCAUUCCCAGCAGUACAAAACGAGAUAAAGAAAAGCAAGCUUUUCUUGACUGUGACACACUUACGCACUUGUAAAUAACUCUGGUUGCAACAAAAGAAAUCUCAAUGGCUGAUACCCACAUUUUUGUAUCAAGAUAUAUUUACAAGUUUUAUCUUUAAAUAAAUCUUUUUAUUCCUCAAAAUUCUGUGUAAUUAUGUAAUAAACAUGGAAAUUUUGAUUGACAGCA